AAAAACGACCGUUGGUUGGUAACAACUGCGGAGCCGAACCCAAAAGUGGGAAAACAGCCGAUUGCAUUCAGUUGAACGGUGAUCCAAAUCGGUAGAAAAUCAGUGUUUUUCUUGUGAAAAAGUUCUAGUAAACUUGUUUAAAUAGUGCAAAAGUUUAGUGUAUUCUACGGUGUUAAUGAUCUAGAGUUCGUGCAAACCACUCCAGCGAGGAUGAAUCGGGUAAUGUUGAAUUUCACCCCCGAUCUGAAGCCAUCGUCCCGAAGGUCAAUCGUCGGGACAAUGAUAACGACAACGGCGGCGGCGUCCCCACUGCCGCCGGGCUCCACAAAAAUCCGACGGCGCUACUCGCUGGCCGUGGAUGCUUCCCUCUCGGUGACGGUGAAUGGCAAAACAUCCGAGCAGACGGCUAUCAGCCUGGGUCGGAGCUUGAGCCAACCGGCUGCCGGGGGAACCCCCGGAGUGGCCAAACGGAUGAGUAUGCACGAGAAUCUGAUGAUGAAAAUUCUGGCCACUCCGGUGGAUCAACCGCUGGCAGAGGAGGACGAAGGGGAUUCCUCCUCGUCGGAGACGUCUUUUUGCUCAUCGUUGGCUGACGCAGGAACGCCAAUUUCAACGGAGGAGAAAUUACUGAUUGAGUCGGAUGUGCUUCUUCGAUGUACUACUCCGCCGAACAUUCCACUGGACUGCCAAAACAAUCCCCGUCUGGCACGGUUGUAUAAGGAUCUGCAGAGCCCUUCGGCAACGACACGACUACGUGCUCUUCGAGCGCUUAAAUCUCCCUCCAAACGGGAAGCCUACGGCCAAUUUGACGUUCCGCACGAGGAACAAGAUAUAAUCACGGCAGAAGAGCGGCAAAUGCCGCGGCCGAGAACAAUCCAAGAAGUGAUGGCCAACGUUUGUAUCUACGUGGAGGUUCGUUCCGGGACGGACAACCGUUCCGAUGGGAUCAGAGACCAUCUGGUGUCACUGGGAGCUAAGGUUAACGAUAAGCUGUACAAAGACACAACUCACGUGAUAUUCAAAGACGGUCUCCUCUCCACUUACCAGAAAGCGAAGAAGAUGAACGUUCCAGUGGUUUCCAUUCUCUGGAUCGAAGCAUGCAAGCGGCACUUGUGCCUGAUGAAUCCGGACAGCUAUCCCAUUUCUAACGCGGAACGCUACGAAAACCCGGAGCUGUUCAAAAAGAUUCGGCGUCAAAAAUCGAUGCAACCACGAGCCGAGGAAGUCACCGGAUCCGGAGGAAAGAAACGUCCACUAAAAACGGGCAUUCCGAGCGAUCAGCAAUCGAGUAAUUCGGCAAAAACUGUGAUUUCUCCUCCGGCCAAGCUUCCGGUACUGCAUCGACUUCGUAAAGACGAUGGUUUGGAGCGAAUAUUGAACGAAUUCCAGGCGGAUAAUCAGGGAACUCCCGAACCGCAGGACGACUUCGAUAAGCUACUGGCCGGGCCGAUGAAGCUAUUGGAGAAGUUCCGGAACUCUCCAAUUGUAAGCACGGCCGAGAAAGAAGACAACGUGGUCACACCGGAAGCACCACCGAAAAGUAUACGGAAGUCGUUGUUCAACGGAUCUACGGAAAAGGAACGGACUCCUACCAGAAGAAGGCGAAGCAGCAGUGCCAGUAAUGAUGGUGGGUCUUCAAAUAUCGGGACUAGACAGCGCAGAAAAACAAUGCUGUUCACCCCGAGGAUCACCAGUGUGGAAGAAGAAAAUGAAUCUCCGGCGGUUCCAGUUGCAAAACCGGUACGAAACAGAAGGAAGACCAUGUGUGUCUCCGCAUCGAAAGAGAACACCCCUCCCAAAAAGCGAGACACAAUCUGCUCGCCCAAGGCUAUGGAGCUGUGCAAAGCCAACAGUGCGGAUGUGCAAGAAAACAUUCCUCCAGCUUCGAGCCAGAAGGUGAGAGCCACCAUCUACUCACCAAGCAGGAUGGAGCAAUCUUCGGAAAAGACUGAAAAAGCCGUUCAAAUUGAGAUGGCCAACUCCCGUAGAACACUUGGUCUCUCGACCACCGAUAACGUCAUUGAUAGCUUAGGGCCACGAAAGACCAAGACCCCGGAGCUGGAUGCCAAAGAUCUUGACGCUUUUCGAAUUAAUCGCCGGCGAACGCUAUAUACACCGGGAGUCUACGAUGAGUCAAAUAAGAAACAAGUGACCCCCGCGGAAAAAUCAGUGACAAACAGGCGGCGAACACUUUUCAAUCCAGCUGCUAAUUCAACAGCCGCUUCGAACUGCACCCCCACUAAGGCAAAUUCCUCUCAACGAAGAAAAACGCUGUGCACUCCGUCCAAUUCUGUAGAUGUUCCAGAAACUCCAGAGCAGGCUACCCCUGUAGUCAGUCAUCAUCGUACGACACCAUUCACCACACCACUUCCGGUUCAAACUCCCAAAACGUCUACAGCAGCUAUGGUCACGCCUGGUUCAACAGCUCAAAAGCGUAACAAGACACUUCUGGAAGAGUACCAAUCUAGUUUGACGUUCAACUCUACGAAAACUCCUAUGAGCGAACGCCGCAAGACCAUCUUUGACAUCUCGAUGGACAUUAUUGACCAGCGUUUGUCCCAGAUCAACAAGCAAUCCAAACAAUCAGAAUCAACGAAGGAACAAACCCCUGCACAGCCAAUCGAAGCCGUACUGAAAUCGCCUCCCCCGUCAAAGCCUUUGUCCAUCAGUCGCCAAACUUCAUUGGACACCUUCUACCGGAAACUGUCACGUUCCUCAGAAAAAUCCAUCAAAUUCAAAACGAGUGUCGAUCUCCGAGAAUCGGACAUUCCAAACGCCACGACCCUUUCCCGGAAGCGUAAACUUUUCAACGCCCAACCUUCAUUGAGCGAAACGCCACCACCGUCAUCCAACGGUGGAAGCGGUGCUAGCCAGGAAUCUUCCACUUCCUUGGACAACCCAAGCAAGAAGCCAAAGUGUACCACAACCCCAGCAGCAGCCGUAGCUAGACGGCGCACACUUGCGCCGACACCAACACUCAAAUCCCAAGCAGUUAAGACAACUACAGCCGCCGCAUCACGACGUAGUUCGAUGUUCUUCAGUCAACCGAACAAGCCAACCACUGCAACAACCAGCAGACCUGUCAUGGGCACUCAGGCUCGUACGAUGAAGGCCCUCGGACUCGGAGCUGGACUGCCUACGGUGUCAUCGCAGUCGACUGCAACGAUGGGAAAACCACAAUUCCAGCUGGCCACCACUAAUCUACACGCGGCGCAACAUAGCUUCGUUAAAAAGGUCGUCGCAAAGCUAGGAGGCUUCACAGUAUCGAACAACGUCACCGAUCGCACAACCCAUCUAGUCAGUCUGGAGUCUCGCCGUACGAUCAACCUGCUACGAGCUCUCACCCGAGGUCUGUGGAUCGUUUCCUACGAGUGGAUCGAACAGUCCCAUUCCACCAACCGAUGGCUGCCGGAGGAACAGUUUGAACUGCGAAAUUUCUCCCCCGCGGUUCAGCUAUGCCGUAGCGAACGGCAAGCUUUUGGGCCCCGCUAUCGGAUCGAUCUGUUUGCCGACUGUGGACCGUUCUACGUGGCCCAGCAGUGCGAGGUGCCGCACGAUCAACUGCGGGAGCUGAUCGUCACCUGUAAGGGUAAAGUGAUCGGCGAUGCCGCCAAAGCCCGAUAUGUGAUUGUGUCGUCGCGAAAGGAUGUAAUGGCAGGUAAUUGUUCCAUUGAGUCAUUUUGUGUUAGUCCACUAUGGGUGCUGGACAGCAUUAGUUCGAAUAAGUUGAAAAAGGUUUAUAAAUAUUUAGUUCGAAAUUGACUGAUUUUUUUUCGAAAUAUUUAGCUUGAAUUUAUAAAGGCAUCACAACUUUCA